GCUGUCAACGCGAGACCUUACAAAACAACGCGAUAGUGCCACUUGUGUGUGUUGUGUGUGGAAGUGGCGAAACAUGGCGGCGCCUCCAGAUGAGGAGAGCCUACAGUCUCGCAUCAACAAGGCCACCAACCCUCUGAACAGGGAGACUGACUGGGACAGUAUCAAGGGCUUUUACGAGCAGCUCAACAAUGAGCCAGAAGGUCCCCAGCUUGCGACGAGGCUCCUGGCUCACAAACUGCAGUCCCCUCAGGAGUGGGAGGCCAUGCAGGCGCUCAUGGUUCUCGAGACGUGCAUGAAGAACUGUGGGAAGCGGUUCCACAGUGAAGUGGGCAAGUUCCGCUUCCUCAACGAGCUCAUCAAGGUGGUCUCGCCCAAGUACUUGGGCUCCCGCGCUCCAGAGCCAGUGAAGAAGAAGGUUCUAGAAAUGAUGUACAGCUGGACGGUGAGGCUGCCGGAUGAAACCAAGAUAGCAGACGCUUAUCAAAUGCUGAAAAAACAGGGUAUUGUCAAACAGGACCCAGUGCUUCCUGAUGACAACGUCCUCCCACCGCCGCCGCCCAGAGCCAAGAGUGCCAUCUUUGAGGAUGAGGAGAAAUCCAAGACGCUGUCCCGCUUAUUGAACAGCACCCACCCCGAAGAUCUAAGAGCAGCAAACAAGCUCAUUAAGGAAAUGGUACAGGAGGAUCAGAAGCGCACAGAGCAGGUGUCAAAGCGGGUGAACGCCAUCCAGGAGGUGAAUGAGAGCGUGGGCCUGCUGAGCCAGCUCCUGGAGGGCUACAGCAAGGGGAGCUGCUCCCAGAGCAACCAGGAGCUCAUUAAGGAUCUUUACCAGCGUUGUGAAAAGAUGAGACCCACGCUGUUCCGGUUAGCCAGCGAUACAGAAGAUAACGAUGAAGCCUUAGCGGAUAUCUUGCAGGCCAAUGACAGCCUGACGCAGGUCAUCAACCUGUACAGGCAACUGGUAAAGGGAGAGAAGGUGAAUGGAGACAGCACUACCACACCAUCACUACCAGCAGGCAGCAGUAGCACCGCACUCCUAGACCUGGCAGGACUAAACACAUCACCCAACACAGCAUCAGACACCUCCAACCUACAGGAUGCAGCCAUCAGCCUCUUGGAUGACGAGCUGAUGUCACUAGGACUCAAUGAAGUAACACCAAACUCCAACCCCACCUCUCAGCUGGAGGACUUCAACACUUUUCAGUCUUCUGACGGUGGAGAACCAGCCGCCCCGGUGGUUCCAGCCGCGGUGUUGUUGCCGGCUGUCGCCUUGACCCCACCUGCUCCUCCGUCUGGGGCCCCUGCCGCUCCACCCAAAGCCUUGGAUGAGCUAGACCUGCUGGGGAAGACCCUGCUACAGCAGUCCCUACCUCCAGAGAGCCAGCAGGUCAAAUGGGAUAAGUUCCAGCCACAGUCCAGACCCACCUUACGUGACCUCCAGACCAAAUCCAGCACCAGUGCUGCUGUUCCCAGUGCCGCUGCCACAACAGCUCCGAGCGUCAGCCUGGCCCUCCGUUCAGAGCAGCCUGGGCCCCAGCUUCACUCCAGUCCCAGUCUCUCAGCUCCCACGAAAGGCUCUUCCCCUGCCUCUGACUCUCAUAACAACAUCUCUCUUGCUGAUGUGACCGUGCCUCUGGAAUCCAUCAAACCUAGCAGUUUAUUACCAGUGACUGUGUUUGACAAACACAGUUUGCGGGUUCUGUUCCACUUUGCCCGUGACUGUCCACCGUCGCGGCCUGACGUGCUCGUGGUGAUCAUCUCCAUGCUGUCCUCAGCCCCAGUUCCUGUCACAAACAUCCGCUUCCAGUCCGCUGUACCUAAGGUGAUGAAAGUGAAGUUGCAGCCCCCCUCUGGCACUGAGCUCCCGGCCUUCAACCCCAUCCUCCCCCCAGCUGCCAUCACCCAGAUUCUGUUACUGGCCAACCCUCACAAGGAAAAGGUACGGCUGCGGUACAAGUUAACUUUCAAUCUGGGCGACAAAUUUUAUGAUGAAUCCGGUGACGUCGACCAGUUCCCCCCUCCAAAUACCUGGGGCAAUCUUUAGCGAGAAGGACCAACCUCCUGUCAUCUGAUCUGCUGCUUCCUUUAGAUUUAGGUGGAAGUUGCCCCUAAUCACUGGUCACAGCGUUACAUUCACAUUAGGGUGGUGUGAAAGUUUGGUUUGGGUGAUGACACACUGAUGUGAGACCAGUUUUGGGAAGCAGCUUCUACCUUGUGCCUUCCUUCAUACCUUUUCUGUCUGUACGUUCCUGUGUUUUAUACUCUUGUUUUCUUCUUCCCGUCAUUCUUAAUACAAUCAAACCAUCACAUUACUGUCCUAUGACAUCAAACAAUCUUCAGAACAUUGAAUCAAUGCUUUGACUCAUCAGAAAACAAAAUGAACCUUUUUUUUUUUUUUUUUUAAAGCUGAAUGUGUGCAUUUUCUCUCACUGAUUCACUCACUGCACCAUGAUCCUUUCAAAUGGCUCAUGUAUUAUAUUUUGACAGCUGGUGUCCUUGUUUGACGUAAUUUUGGUUUGAUUGCCCAACCAUUGAUCUGAAGCAUCCAAAUAGCAGAUAUGUUCUCAAGCUGGAACUGGAGCACCAGAAUGUCCUCAAUUUAGACGCUGUAACAAUUUCCAUCUUUGGAUUCAGUGUUAACUUCUAAAUAUCUACAGAUCAGUCUGACCAAGAAGGUAAAACAAGAUAGUCAGAUGGUAUCAUGCCAGCAAACUACAUUCCACUCCACUAUAUAAUGAACAAGUGCACAAUAUGUAUGUGCAAUGCAAGGGAAAGUCAACAUUUUGUCUUUGUGUACCCCUUGUCAUGCGUCUGAAGAUCGUCUCAAUAAUUUCCUCCUGUUCGAUGAGCCUGUUUUUUCUUUAUGAGUGGAGCGUUGUCAGCGCAUCUGAAAGGACUUGAUGAGAAAUGUUAUCUAGUGAGCAGCUCUGUGGGAUGGAGCAGGACGACCAAAUUAUCUUGUCCAGGAGGCUUACCUGCUUUGUGAAGUUGGUACACUGUUUUUUUUUUUAAUGUAUUGUCUUGGUUUUAUUUGUUAUGUUUGGGCAAAAUUCCAUUUGUUUCAUUACUGAGUCGGGGAACGUGUCUAAACUGUGACAAUGAAUGAAAGACAUGAAUGAAGAAUGAAGAAAGGGCACUGAAUACCCACCACUCUGCCCCUUUAAAAAAAUAUAAAUAUAUUUUGAUUUUUGAUUCUGCACUUUUCAUCACUUGUAUCAAAGAAUUGGACACUUCUUUCUAAGUCAUGUUUCACUCAGGAUUUUAUUUUGGAGAUUUUUUUUUUUUUUUUACACAACCUGAACAUGUAUGCACUUCUUUUGUUUGAAUUUUGCACAUGAAGCCAUUCUCUGUAUGUUGUCCUUUCUCAUUUGCUGCCUUCUUUCUACUGUCGAUGGACCCAAAGAGGGACACGUUUAGUCCUGAGUUGACGUUGCUGACAUCCAGUUUAUUCUGCCACAUGUGCCUGAGCUGAAACUUUUGAUUUGAUUUGAUUUUUUUUUUUUUUUUUUGCUUUGUACAUCUCUGUACAAAUAACGAGUUUGAUUCAUAUUGUUUCUGUUUCCAAACGUUCAUCAUGUGAAGCAUGUGAUAUCAAAUGAGGGUGAGCCUGCUAAUCUUCCUGAUAAUCUGUGUUCAUAAAGUUUAUAGUUGUGCUCUAGGAUCACAUCUUAAGUCAUACAAACUGAAAUAAAAUGAUAUUAAGGCACCUGGUUCCAGAGGAGCACCACUGACCUGAGAUGCUUCAUACAGGCAGCCCCACACCUAACUACAGGAAAAUGCAACUUGAGGGACAGAGAACCUUCACCUCUACAUAUUACCAUGAAGGAUUAUUUCAAUAUUUACCUGGAGAGUGACAUGGAUUUAAUGUCAAACUGAAUUGACGCCUUUUGGUCUACAAUCCAGCUGCAGAUGUGAAAACUUGCAAAGAUGUAAUUGGAGACUGAGGACUCAAGUUUCAGUGCUCUGUUGUUCUCUACUUCCAUCAGAACGUUUUUCAGCGGACACUGAUCAUCUUGGCCAAAAUAAUUAGGAAACUCCCAAAUCAGAGUAGGCAGAUCAUGCUACAACUAUGAAUAAUAUUUUGGACAGUAGGAUUAACCGUGAUGUUCUAUAGGCUGUAACCCAACUAUUUGCAGAGACUUUUAGUGUAUUUUCCCAAAGCAUUCAGUACCGACUUAACUGGACUGGAAACGCAAGUGUAGAGUUGGGCUCCUGCCAUGGAAAUGACAGUGUCAUCAAGGUAAACUGCUAUGAGGUGAUUUGUAGCAGACAUGACUUUUAUCCAUCAUCUGCUUGAAGGUUGAAGAGCAUCUUUAUGAACUGUGUUAUGUUAAUCAAAUCGAGUAUUUACCUUGUGGAAAUCAGUACAUAAGUAAAUAAAGAUUUUGUUCUUCAUCA